AUAAAGUAAUGAUAACGAUUUUUAGCAGAUAGAAUAGAUAUCGUGUUAAAUUGCAGCAGUGAUAAGUAACCAUGGCAGUGGGAAAAGUCCAUUUAGUUUGUUUCUUUGUACUUACAGUAUUUCAAUGUGUAAAAGGGGAUUAUAUAGCAGCUGUUGUCGAAUAUCAACCGAUUAUUCUGAGCUCUGUAAACGAAACUGUGGAACAAAAUUUAGUUCAAUACGUUUGGUAUAUAGAAAAAGCUAAGGAAAGUAACGUACAAAUUAUAGUUUUUCCCGAAUACGGUUUGACUGGAAUCGUUAAUGAUACAACUGGAUAUGCAAUUCAAAUUCCUAAUGUUGGUAACGAGACCGAUUUCGAAAAUUAUUGGUUACAAAAACUAUCAAACGCAGCUCGUGGUAAUGGAAUAUAUGUUGUAACGAAUUUAUUAGAAAAAGCGAUAGACGAAUCCAAUAAAACAUUGUAUUAUAGUACUAACCUUGUAUUUGAUAAAAAUGGAAAAAUAGUUGCUAAAUAUCGUAAAAUAAAUCUUUCGUCCGAACCUCAAUUAACACCAGGAAAUCCUGACCAAAAUCAAACAACAUUCAUUACUGAUUUUGGUAUCACGUUUGGUGUAUUUUCCAGUCAGGACAUCUUUUUCAGUAAUCCUUCGAAAACUAUACUUUCUAAAAACGUAACUGAUGUCGUGUAUCCAACUUCUUGGUCAUCAUUUUUACCUUACUUUCAUUCAUUAACAACGCAAUCCGGAUACGCAAUUGCCAAUAGAAUAAAUCUUUUGGCGGCUGGUUUGGAUAUCCCAGAAGUAGGAAUAGGUGGUAGUGGGAUAUGGGGGGCAGAUGGUACUGCAUUUGCUUAUUACAUCUCAGGAAACGCCGGAAGUAAAUUAUUGAUAGCCACUGUUAAAAAUACUCCGGAUAUGAGAGUUUUAGGAGAAGGAACGAAAUUAAGAGGAUUCGAAAAUUUGGAUAACAACGUUGCCAAUCAUUUAGAUACAUACAACGCCAGUAGAUUCUUCGAUUAUGAUAAAUAUUCAUUCAAAACUUUAAACAUAUCUCGAUUGAAUGUUAGUAAAGAAGUUUGCUACAAGGGUUUCUGUUGCCAAUUCUCGGUUAACGUAUCUUAUGCGCCUGUCAACUCAGAGGAAGUCUAUAGAAUUAUGGCUUACACCGGCCCCAUUGGAAUAUUAGGUAGUAAAAAAACCCAUAAAAUAUGUUCUUUGAUUGGUUGCGCCACUUCUGAUAUAAGUACUUGCGGUAAACACAACGUGGGACUUACGACUAAAUUUAAAAGAAUAUCAGUGAACACGAGCAUCUCGAGUGAUUCUUACUCAUUCUAUCGACCGAUAUCUCUAACUACAAACCUUGUACCGGUGUUUAAUAGUACCUUUAAUCUCGUUAUUGCAAAUCACGCGAGGAAAGUAGUUUAUUUGAAUGAUCAAGAACCGACCGAUGUUGUCGCUUUUGGAAUAAUGGAAACUAGUAGCGCCGUUUCCAACACGUUCAAUAUCGUAUUCUUUACCUGUAUUUUUGUAUUUCAUCGUUUAUUUUUGUAAGUUUUGAAAAUGUAAAUAUUAUUAAGAUUGUAAACUCCUUCGUAUUUUUUUUUUUGAUACAAGAUGACAAUAUUGCAACAAAUAUAUGAUAAAACUGAAAAUGUUUCUUUUUCAAUUAAUAUUUAAGCUACGUGAAGUAUGAUACAAUACGUAGAAGUAUUAUGUGUUGCAUAAACAGAAGGUUAUACCAUUUUUAAACUCAACAGAAAUAGUGAGAUCGAUGAUCAGUCGCGAAAAUAGCGAACGCGUAAUGAACUUUAACCUUGAAAUUAUUCAGUUUUGGUUAUAUGGAUAUAAUAAAUUUGAUUUUAUAAUCGACACAGUUCGAAAUACGAUAAAACUUAAUUAUUAUUAUUAAUAAUGGACAUUGAGAUGAAUAAAUUAAUAUUUCUAUUGAAUUUGUGAACUAAUAUAUUAAAAGUAUUAGGAAGGGACAAUAAACAAAAGUUAGAUGCCUAGGAUGAUGGUUGCAUAUGGUAAUAUCCGCUUUACCACAGGCGUGCUUUAAUUAACUCUCAUUAUAUUAUUUCUUGGAUAUGUAAGGCGAUGCCUUGACUCUAAAUUAUUAUUUAAAUUAUUUAUUAUAUUGUGACUAAUUUUAUAGAUACAAUUUUUGAGAAUAUUUGCUUACGGGAAAUUAGAGAUUGUCAGGAAAUCGAGUCUCUAGCAGUCAGGGUGUCAGUAAUGUCAUAGAUAACUCAUGGGGAUAGUUAAAUUUUAAGAAAACGGUGUAUUUUAAGGAAAUUCAAAGUAUCAGAAGCAUUAUUCUCAAGUAAUAUAAAGGAUUGGGCUCACAGCUAUCCAAUUCCUCUCAAUUGUUACUUUUAGUUAUGUUUUACUUUUUUUCCGACAGUUUUUCUGAAGUCUUUUAAUUAUUUUUUUGCUUAAGCUAAAUUGUAAUAUUUUCAUGGUCAACGGAAAGUAAGUUUUUUUUAACAAACUAACUAUUUCCUUCACAGUUUUAAUUUUUUUCCUUACAUCCAAUAAAAUUUGAUAAAGAUAAAGCAUCUUUUUUUCUAAAACCAUGAGUUCCUAUUUUAAUUCUAAUAUAGAUUUAUAAAAGUAGCUACAGUAGUUGUUUCCAUUCUUAAUGAUAGCCCUGGUAGAGGCUUAUCUUAUUUUCAAAUGACACAGUAUAUUUAAGUUGAAUUGUAAGCUAUAAAUCUAAAUUACCAAACACAGAAAAUGCCAUUUUUUCCUUGAUAAAUCGUCUUAAUAUUAGGUAGCUUAUUUUGUUACAAAAAACUGGUAAAAAAUCAAAAUAUAUUUUGAGUGAAGACCGAAAUACAUCAAAGUAUCAAUUUUUUGUCUUUUAUCAACAAAAACAUUUAAAAAGUUGUAACAAUACAAUAUAAUUAUGAAGAAUCGACAAAUAAUCUUUAUUGUACGUCUAGUUCUUGUAGGUGUUCAAUUUAAUUUAUUAACAAAAUUUGUUUAACAUUUGUUUUUCAAACAAUCUUAGGAAAACAUUUUAUUUUACUAUUUUUAGUAAUAUGGUACGCCUAUGCCUUAACCUUUUCAAUUAUCAAAAUAUGAAAUUUUUCUUUUGCGUUUUAUAUAUUUAUAAUUAAUUGUAGCUGAAUAAUAGUGAAUAAAGAAAAAUCAACUUACCUGUCAAAAGUGAUCCAUUUAUUUUUAGGAAUGUUACAGCUUCUUUAAACUACAGAACUAACCAUUUUGUUUGUAAUCUAAUCACUAUUAUAAUUAAUCGUAACGGACACUCAUGUAAAUACAAAACAAAACACAAAUAACUUUACUAAAAAUACUGUUAUAUCAAUUAAAAUUUCCAGAAACACACACAAGCUCUCUAACAACUAAGAUUAAAUGAGACAAACUUAGAUUUUUAAGAUGGCUACUUCCGUCGUACUUGAGACUAUGGCGACCAUUCUACUUUUACUACAAAUUAAAUGUUAUACAUGGUGUUUCGCGACGAAAUUUGGCAACUAAAGUGAAUAAUAAACACAUAGUGAGAUGAACGCCAAGUUUAGGAAUCAAAAAAAUUAAAUUAGAAAUAGAAACAUUUUGUUGGUUCUU